UCUGAUGAUGCUGACGUCAGGAGCUCCAUGAUGAACUCUGUGGCUCCGCUCAGUUUCCCCAAAUCCAGAUCAGCUCUGUGGGACGGGAGCCCAGCAGGAGAGAAGCUCCGCCUCCAGCUCUGCGCUCAAAGGAGGCCUCGGUUGGUUCUGUUGGAGAAGGCGCUGCGUUUGGCUCAGCGUCACGCUCGGCACAGCAACAAGCCCCGCCUCCACUGCUUCUUCCUGGGAUCUGUGUCGGUGGACUCAGAUGAGGAGGGGGUCACUGUGACUCUGGACCGGUUUGAUCUGGGUCGGGACCAGGCCGGCGCCUCUGGCCGGGUUCCCUCUGCUCUGCUGCCGGGAGACGUCCUGGUUCCAUUUCUGUUCUCUACGCAGGAUGACACGUCAUGUGACGCUGUUGUCCAAUCAGAGGCGGAGCUGCACCACUGCUUCAAGGUGUUGCAGCAGUUCCUGAGCAGCAGACAGGUUUUGGACCUGUCUCAGGUGUUAAAGGUCAGAGGUCGUGUCAUCUGCUCUCAGCAGUCGGACUCGGCGGCGUUCAGUCUCAGCUGGUCGUCCGUCUGUCCGUCCGUCAGCGUGGACGUCCAGCCGGUCCGACCCGUCCCCAUCAUCCCCACGGCGCUGCUGAGGAGCCUGACCGCCGCCGACAGACCGGCACCGCACGCCAACCGACAGAGAGGGUUUCUGACGAUGGAUCAGACGAGGAAACUUCUGCUGCUGCUGGAGUCUGACCCGAAAGCCUCCAAUCUGCCGCUGGUCGGACUCUGGCUGAGUGGCGUCACACACGUGUACAACCCUCAGGUGUGGGCGUGGUGUCUGAGGUUCCUGUUUAGCUCCGCCCUCCAGGACAGAGUUGUAUCAGAGAGCCGCUGCUUCCUGCUGGUUCUGUUCGGGUCUACACACAGAGCUCCUCAGUUCUUCCAGUGUCGAGUACCAGGACCAGGACCAGGACCACAGCUGGACUACCAGCUGCUCACGGCCUCCCAGUGUGUCACACUGUACCAGCAGGUGUCGGUGGAGGGUCAGGCUCUGAGGUGUGAGCUCGGUUCAGAGGAUCACAGCAGACAGAUGGAGAUCUUCAGAGAGGCUCGGCGCUCCUUCAGUGGCGCUUCGCCCGGUGCUAGUCUGUCCGUCACUGAUCAGGACUCUGGCGUCGAGGAUGAAGACCUGUCUCCACGGCCGUCCCCGAGCCCCCACCCCCCCGCCCAGCAGGCUCGCAGAGUUCAGCCAUCUGUUCCUGAACUGUCUCUGCUGAUCGACGGCAGCUUCACCUCCUCCUCCACCCAAAGACCACCUCCACCUGCUGACAGGAAGUCUGCUCCUCCACCUGCUGACAGGAAACCUGCUCCUCCACCUGGAAACACCUCCUCCUCCUGCAUCCCCAGACCUCCUCCAUCUCACCUCCACAGCACCCCCAACUCCAACCUGCAACAGCCUUGCACCUGCUGCUCCACCCACACCUACGACUGCACCUCCAUCUUCUCCUCCCCAGGACACCACCCUGCUGCUCCUCCACCUGCUGCAUCCUCCCAUCACCACACUCCUCCUCCCUCCAGUCUCCACCCUGCUCCUCCUCUGCCUCACCCCCAUCACCACCCUCCCUCCCACAGCCCCUCCUCUCCUCCCUCCACCCUCCUCCCUGCUCCUCCCUGUCCCUGCAACCACCCUCCUCCACCUGUCUCCUUGUGUGGUGUCUCCCCCUCUCCUCACCUGUCACCUCCCCCGUGGCUCCGCCCUCCGUCGUGCUGUGAUCAGAUGGGUGGAGCCGUACCGACUGACACCUACCAGCUCCUUCUCCAUCAGGACAGGCAGCUCCGCCUCCUGCAGGCUCAGGUUCAGAUGCUGCUGGAGGCUCAGGGAAAACUUCAGGUGGAGACACCGAGGAGCACCGCCAGUAUCGCUGUGGGGACAGGUGCCAGUCUGUUCUGGGGCGACCCCGUCCAGCCCCUCCCCCAUCAGGAGGCUCCUCCAGGCUUCUCCCCCACACCUCCCCCCUCGUCCUCUCCCAGCCCCUCCCCCUCACAUGCCGACCUGUCAAUCAUCAGGCCUGUGGGCGGAGCUGAAGACAGUGACAUCACGGGUCAGGAGGCGGCCUGCUCGCCCUCCAGUCAGCACAGUGGUCUUCAGAGUCCGGUUCUGGUUCUCGGGGAGAGCGUCAGCAUGUACGGACCGGCAGCUGAGCAGCAGAGCUUCUAUCAUGACCUCAUGAAUCAGCUGACCAAUCGGCUUCAGGAGACAGACAGACAGCAGGAGUCCAGCAGGAGGAGCCUGGCUGCGGGUCCGGACCAGUCCCGGUCCUCCCCGUCCUCGUCCAGAAGGACGAGUCAGACCCGCAGAGACUCGGUGGUCGGCGCCACUCUGCAACAGCUGCAGCAGCUCGGAGUCGACGUGGACAAAGAAGAACUGACGGAGUCUGAGCGAAGAACCCGGCAGACUGUGGAGAGCACCAGCACGUUGGCGAGCAUCAGCCCGGCGGCGGUUCUGUCCAGACUGAGUGUGAGCGAGCCGUCGGUCAGCGCUCUGUUCCCGGGCGGCAGCGUGGAUCUGAGUCUGGAGGCGAACGCCAUCGCGCUGCGUUACCUGAGCGACUCCCAGCUCAGCCGGCUGUCUCUGGGAGGACACGCCCCUCGACCAGGCCGCGCCUCCUCCAGUGACUCCCUGCUGUCGCCUAGCAACAUGUCUCUGGCCACCAGGAAGUACAUGAGGAGGUACGGCCUGAUCGAGGAGGAGGAGGAGGAGGAGGAGGAGGAGGAGGAGGAGGCCCAGAAUGAGCCUAGGAGGGGUGGACCCCACAUCUGGUGCAGUGCUAGUUGGUAUUGGCUCCAGUCCCUGCAACCCUGA